AUGCAAAAGGUUUUGCACACCGAACACACCGGCAGUAACGCUGGUAUGAACUCACCCCCUGCUUCUGGUGUUUGGAAGCAACGGGUGCGGGAGGAGAGGCGAGCGCCUAGCGCCGCCAUCUUAGUUCGUCGCCGGCGGCGGGGGAGGAGGAGGAGGAGGCCGCCGGAGCAAAGGGGGUCGCCCGCCCGUCCGUCUGCCUCGCUCUCUCCCGCUCGCUCGUUUUUGUCCCGCUACCCCGGCGUGAGCGGUCGGCCCGGGGGCGCCGUAGGGCCCCUUGGAGGCGCCGAAGAUGCGGCUGCUGGCCCCGGCCUGCCUCCUGGCGGCGUGCUCUGCGGCGGCCUCCGCGGUGCCCGAGUUAACAAGCACAAACCAUGGAUUGAAACCACCUACCAUGGCAUUGUUACCGAAAAUGACAACACGGUGCUCCUGGACCCUCCCUUAAUAGCAUUGGAUAAAGAUUCGCCGCUUCGGUUUGCAGUCUUUCCUGAAGACUCGGGUUUACCUUUUCUCCCUUUAGAGAGUUUUGAGCUGACCCUCACCAAGGAAGGUGAAAUUUGUGGAUUUAAAAUUCACGGCCAAAAUGUCCCUUUUGAAGCGGUGGUGGCGGAUAAAUCCACUGGGGAGGGGACCAUCCGAUCCAAAGAAAAACUGGACUGCGAACUGCAGAAGGAAUAUACCUUCACCAUCCAGGCCUACGAUUGUGGAACUGGACCGGAUAGAGCCAAUAUGAAGAAGUCCCACAAAGCCACCGUGCACAUCCAGGUGAACGAUGUGAAUGAGUACGCGCCCGUCUUUAAGGAGAAAUCCUACAAAGCGACGGCAAUCGAGGGGAAGCGGUCCGACAACAUCCUAAAGGUGGAAGCAGUGGAUGCCGACUGUUCUCCGCAGUUCAGCCAGAUCUGCAGUUAUGAGAUUGUCACUCCAGAGGUUCCCUUCGCAAUCGACAAAGACGGUUACAUCAAGAACACUGAGAAGCUGAGCUUCAGCAAGGAGCACCAGUACAAGCUCACCGUCACGGCCUACGACUGUGGGAAGAAGAGGGCUGCCGAGGACGUGCUGGUGAAGAUCAGCAUUAAACCCACCUGCAAACCAGGCUGGCAAGGCUGGAGCAAAAGAAUGGAAUACGAACCUGGGACCGGGGCCCUUUCCCUCUUCCCCAACAUCCAUCUGGAGACCUGCGACGAGCCCAUCACGUCCGUCCAAGCCACAGUCGAGUUGGAGACCAACCACAUUGGGAAAGGCUGCGACCGAGACACCUACUCGGAGAAGUCGCUUCACAGGCUCUGCGGCGCUUCCUCUGAAACUGCCGAGCUGCUCCCGACUCCAAGCAACACCGCCAACUGGACCAUCAACCUCCCGACCGACAACGGCCACGAGAGCGACCAGGUCUUCGAGUUUAACGGCACUCAAGCUGUGAAGGUGCCGGAUAGCGUGGUCACCAUCAGUAUGAAAGAGCCUUUUGUGAUUUCCGUCUGGAUGAGGCAUGGCCCUGGGGCCAAGGAGAAGGAGACCAUCCUCUGCAAUUCAGACAAGACAGACAUGAGCCGUCACCGUUACUCCCUCUACGUGCACAACUGCCGGUUGGUCUUCCUCUUCCGCCAGGAUCCCUCCGAGGGGCAGAGUUACAAGCCGGCCGAAUUCCACUGGAGGCUGAACCAGGUUUGCGAUCAGGAAUGGCACCACUACAUCCUCAAUGUAGAGUUUCCAGCAGCCACGCUCUACGUCGACGGCGUUUCCUUCGAUCCCUUCCCGGUGACCGAAGAUUAUCCGCUCCAUCCCUCCAAGAUAGAAUCGCAGCUAGUAGUCGGAGCUUGCUGGCAAGAAUAUUCGGGAAAUGAGAAUGACACCGACCAAGCGACCGAGAAUCCUACAGGUGGCGACCAGCGGAUGGCUCAGUUCUUCCGCGGCAACCUGGCCGGCUUGACCAUCCGCUCGGGCAAACUGGAAAGCAAGAAAGUGAUUGAUUGUCUGUAUACCUGCAAGGAAGGCCUGGACCUGCCCACCACGGACGGCACUGCAAAGGGCCUCAAGAUCCACAUGAAUCCCAGCCAGUCAGCCUUGAGCUUGGAAGGGGACGACCUCGAGAGGUUCGACAAAACCAUGCAACGCAUCUCGUACGUGAACUCCCGCCAGUUCCCCACCCCCGGCAUCCGGCGGAUCAAAAUCACAAGCACGGUGAAGUGUGCCGACAACGAAGCCUGCAUUGCCAUUCCGCUCGUGGAGGGUUACAUCAUGGUCUUGCAACCCGAGGAGCCCAAAAUCAGCCUGAGCGGCAUCAACCACUUUGCCCGUUCGGCUUCGGAGUUUGAGAGCCCUGAGGGCGUGUCCCUCUUCCCUGAGCUUCGGAUCAUCAGCACCAUCACACGGGAGGUGGAGCCCGAGGGAGAGGGGGAGGAGGACCCUACAGUCCAAGAAUCCUUGGUGUCCGAAGAAAUCAUGCAUAAUUUGGAUACCUGUGAGGUCUCGGUCUUGGGGGAGGAACUGAACAGGGACCAAGAGAGUCUGGAGGUCGAUCUGGUACGGCUGCAACAGAAAGGAAUGGAAAUGAGCAGCUCAAGCCUCGGCCUCAUCCUUACUGGGGUGGACACUAUGGCCAGCUACGAGGAAGUUUUGCACUUGAUCCGAUACCGUAACUGGUACGCCGUCUCGCUCUUUGACCGGAAGUUCAAGCUGGUGUGCUCGGAGCUCAACGGACGCUACGUUAGCAAUGAAUUUAAGGUGGAAGUGAAUGUCAUCCACACCGCUAAUGUCAUGGAACACGCCAGCCAUAUUGCUGCCCAGCAGCCACAGUUUGUGCAGCCUGUCCAUCAUUCCUUCGUUGACCUCUCUGGCCACAACCUUGCAAACCCUCACCCAGGGUUUUCCGUGGUUCCCAGUACUGCCACGGUGGUGAUUGUGGUGUGCGUCAGCUUCCUGGUUUUCAUGAUCAUCCUUGGAGUCUUCCGGAUCCGAGCGGCCCAUCAGCGGACAAUGCGGGACCAGGACUCUGGGAAGGAGAACGAGAUGGACUGGGAUGACUCUGCCUUGACCAUCACCGUUAACCCCAUGGAGACGUACGAGGACCAGCACAGCAGCGAGGAGGAAGAGGAGGAGGAGGAAGAGGAAAGCGAAGACGGGGGCGAGGAAGACGACAUCACCAGCGCGGAAUCGGAGAGCAGCGAGGAGGAGGAGGGUGGGGGCGAGCAGGAGGAGGACCCCCAGCACGUCAACCGGCAGCAGCAGUUGGAGUGGGACGAUUCGACCCUGCCCUACUGAGCUUCACACUCCCUGCUCGCCUCGUCGGUUUUUCUUUCGUUUCAUUUCGUUCUCCCGCUCCGGAGAAUGCCAGGACAAACCACUUCCCUUCCUUUCAGGGGUGCCAGAGGCCAGGCCGUCUCUUGGCCCCAUUAGAGUUGGCCAGUCUCCCUUCUCUCCCACCCACCCCCUCCCCUUCGUAUGUCGGGCAUAUCCUUUCCCAAACCCCUGCCUGUAGAAAUGUAGCUAGCACUUCUUCCUCCCCUCCACCAGUGACUGGAUUGUGGUGAUUUCCCUUUCUUUUCUUUUUUAACCGCAGGGCCUUGCCUUGUACUUUCUGGCCCCAGUCAUCUCCCUCCAAAGGGCCUCGGUCAUCCCAGCUGCCCCCCACCCCCGUUUGCGAGCGACGUUCCCGCCCGCGACCACGUAUGGGUGGCUCUUAAAGCAGCCACCGUUUCCAGCUUGCGGAGGAGGCUGUUUUAAUGAACCACAGGGAAAAGGGUGUCUUCUCAACGCUUGUAAAAUAUGCCCGGAUCUAAUGCUUCCCCUUCUGUUUUUCCCCCCCUCCCCUUUAGAAUUAACUUUUAUUUUAUUUUUAUUAUUUUAUAUGGGGAUGUCUUCUCUCUACCCCACCCUCCUUACUUCACACCUCUUUUUUCUGAUUUGCGAGGGGGUGAAAGCAAGGGAAAACAACAACCCGCCACUCCUUUGUCGACUGAGAGCUAGCCUAUUUUUUUUUAAUUAUUAUUAUUAUUUAGUCUUUUUCUUAAAAAGAAAAAAAAACAAACACCUUGGUUUGAUUUUUAGUUGAUUUUCGGUUGUCUCGGGUCCUCCCUGCGGACAACGCUCUUUUUUUCCCCUUCCCGACUCUAGUGCAUGUGUAAAAUGGCAGAAUGGGGUGGGGGUAUCGAUAUUUAGGAGAUUUAACAAGACUUUUUAAUAUUUUGUAAAUACGUCGGAACUAUGUAAUUAUGUCACUUGUGGUAGUGAAAACAUGGCUGGGCUAGGGAGGGACAGGGAGGGAGGGAGGGAAGGGAGACGACCGCGCGGAGGUUUUUAAAGAAAAAAACGAUGAAAAAAUCAUGCAGCAUAGCAUAGCGAUUUCAAGGUUUUUUUUCCCCCAGAAUCCCCUAAACUUCCCUGAGACAAGUUUUAAAAGUAGUAAAGCAGAGAAACCAACAACCACCCGGAAGCCGACGGACUCGACUUGUGAUUUCAUAACGAGGUCUGUGGAUGGGUUUCUCCCCCCCCCCCCGCUUUUUUAAAAAAUUAAUACAUUUUUUCUUUCCGAAAAGAAGGGGAGGAGAAAAGAAAGAAAGGUAGCUUCUUCUCUCGGCCACCUUCAGAUGCCAACUCCGCUUGUUAUCCUCGGAAGCUACGCGGCUUCUGUUGUUGUCGGCGUUGUCGUUUUGAAAGCACCUAGGGGCCCUUUAAACACGGCCCUCUCUGGGUUUUACACUACACUUCUCAGGAGUUGAGCCAGAUCCAGAAAGCUGCGCGGUCCAAGUUCACCUCGGCUUCUGAGGGAAGCUUCUCUUCUGGCGCCAUUUUGUUUUUCCCAACACUCCCAUUCAUUCCUGUAGCUACUACACCACUAACUUUGAGAUGUGGGUGUCUUUUCUCUCCGGCUUAUUUUUUUUAUUAUUAUUAUUAUUUUUAUUGAGGGAGGAGGGACACACACAGGAGGGGGAGGGUCUUUGUAUACCCCCAAAUGGAUGGGGCUCUUCCUUCUCUCCCCCCCCACCCCAGCGAUCGCAUCAACAUUCCAGAUAACGUUGACGAGAGUGGUCCAAGAGAUGGAAACCGACCUAGCGUUUCAUUAAACCUUGCCUGGGUGAAUUAGUGCCAGGAGCAGAAUGAUUUCCCCCUCCCCCCCAAAGCAGCUUUACACACCGGUAGUGGCAGGAAAUAAAUGUCACAUUCUCCUGGGUGGAAAAGGGUUGGAGGAUUUGAGGGUGGGGGCUGGGGGGUGUCAAGGAAGGGAUCUUCUCCCUGUUGGUUUCACUUUUUGAACAAAAAAGUUCUCGGCUCUUGUCGCCAAAGUGGAAAAGCCCUUUGCUAAUCACACUUUCCGACAGAAUAAUUAACCGGUGGAACUGCUUGCCACCAGAAGUUGCCGGGGCUCCAUCAACGGGAAGUUUUUAAGAAGAGACUGGACAACCAUUUGCCUGAGGUGAUGUAGGGCCUUCUGCCCUGAGCAGGGGGUUGGACUAGAAGACCUCCGAGGUCCCUUCCAACUCUGUCAUCCUGUUAAAACAUCACACACACAGCUUCCCUUCAGCUACAUGGUAGAUCAUCUCCCCAAAAACUGUCAAAAGCACAAAAAAAAAAAAAAA